GUGAGAACUGUCUAAAGCGGAGAACAGACUCGUGGGCAUCUGUGAGUGGUGAACACCCGUCAGCUCCAAUGGUCUGCCUUCCCCAAGCCCGCUGCAGAUGGUGGCGUUAUGUCGUCCCGUUCCUGUUCUUUGUUAAUUUCUUCCUGUGCCUGGGGCUUCUCUUCAACUACAGCAUUCUGUUUGUGAGUCUGCAAGACGAAUUCCAAUCCGGUUCAACACUGACAGGAUGGUUGGGAUCUCUGUCCAUUGCUUUGCUGUGUCUCCUCAGCCCAGUCAGCAAUCUGCUCCACCCAAAGCUGAGCCGACGAGCGGUCGCCCUGGUUGGGAUGACCGUCUAUUGCGCAGGACUGUUCUUGACGUCCUUGGUGCCCGCCCUGGGCUACGCCUUUGUGACAUAUGGAGUCCUGACGGGAGUGGGCGGUAACCUCGUCGUCAGCGCAUCGAUAGGAAUGACGCUGGACUGGUUUGUUACGGGAAACUAUUCCCGGGCUGCCGCCAUUGGUUUCACAGGAUCGACGUGUGGCAUGCUUAGCUUCAGUCCUUUGCUGACGGCUGCCAUCACCCGUUAUGGCUGGCGCGGGGCGCUGAGGCUAUUUAGCGGUGGGAUACUCGCGGUUGGCACACUGACUGGAUUGCUCUUCGCUGAACCGCCCACUGCUGAGGCUGAGGGUAAGAACGACAGGGUCGUUAAAGACACCUCUCAAGACCACAAAAACAGCGCCGACACCGAAGUGGCGAUGCAGCAGAUACGCGCAGGUGGUAUGGAAGAGAGUGGGUACAGUGAAGUACAGGGAACAGAGUCAACAGACCCCGACCCUCGGGACAUCCACGAUGAUGACAAAGACCAGGGUGAGGUUGAUAAAACCGAGGCGACAGAAGCUGACGACACCUCUGCCCCACGGAAGGAACCCGUGCACGUGGACACUGCGAUCACCCGUGGAUAUCUGGCCAUGAUUAAGGACCCAGAGCAAUGGCUUUGGAGCAUUGGGAACCUUCUGGCCUUUCUGGGCGUGACAUUCUUCAAUAUCAAUUUUGCUAGUUUCUUGGACGGUCUCCAUUUCGAUGACAACCAGAUAGCCUCGUCCAUUGUGAUUUUUGCUAGCGGGGAACUCGGUGGCAAAGUCCUGAUAUCCGUGGUGGGCGACUGGCUGCCCUUCUCCUAUCUGUACGUGCUCGCCGGAUCAAUCCUCUUAUGCACCGUAACACUCGGCUUACUCUCUAUCGCUAAGACAUAUACAGCAAUAGCAGUCCUUGCUGUAGUUUCAGGCUUCUUGCGUGCUGGUGUGUAUAGUACGUCGCUGGUAGUCGCUACAGAAUUGUUCCACAAGACCUACGGAACAAGCGGCAGCCUGACCCUGUUCAUGUUUCCGGUGGGUGUUGGAACCCUUGCUAGUGGACUUCUAUCAGGCAUCUUGUACGACAUAUCGGGUGAUUACGUCCUCAGUCUGAUCGUCAUUGCCGCCAUCUUUCUUUGCGGCUCGGCAGCCUUGUUGGCCAUUCCACUACGCAGGAGAAUUCGAUCACGUGGUCUGUGUUCGCACGAAACUCAUUCCAUCCAAGGAUAA